CCGUUUCUCUGGCAGUGAACCCAGGGGCACCUCAACUCGUUCUCAUUUGGAUUUUCCGCGACCAGCGGGAGCAGGUGGACAGUGUUGGUGCAAGGUGGCUUUUGUUUCAGCCCUUAGGGAUUGGGGGUUAAAGGCUUUGAAAACCGGCCAGGGUAGCUUCGGCUGUCUGUUUCCUCCUAGUCAAAAGCGCUUCCACUUUCAAUUGUGAAAGAGGAAAAAAAAAAAAAACCAGGAAGUGAAGUCCCCAGCACCAGCAUGUCAGAAAGCCGGGCCAUGGCCUGGCUGGGACAGCUGAGGGCAGGGCAGAAGUGGGGACACUAGCCAGGCUGCCUGCCUGCCUGCAUGGACGCUCUGAAACCACGCUGCCCCUGGAGAAAGCCGGGGUGAGGAAGGAAGGAGUGGGGCUCCUCUGCCAGCCAGAAGCCGGAGCCAGGAAGCCCCGCUCGGAAGCUCCAAGGCAUUCGGCCCCUCUCAGGGUCUGAAUUUCCUGUUGGGAUUCACAAAGAUGCUUUUUAUUUUUAACUUCUUGUUUUCCCCACUUCCAACCCCGGCCCUGAUCUGCCUCCUGACAUUUGGAACGGCCAUCUUCCUGUGGCUGAUCAACAGACCUCAGCCAGUCUUACCUCUCAUUGACUUGGACAACCAGUCUGUGGGGAUUGAGGGAGGAGCUCGGAGGGGUGCUUUCCAGAAGAACAACGACCUAAUCCUUUAUUACUUCCCAGAGGCCAAGACAGUGUAUGAAGUUUUUCAAAGGGGACUCGCUGUGUCUGACAAUGGACCAUGCUUGGGAUACAGAAAACCAAACCAGCCCUACAGAUGGAUAUCCUACAAACAGGUGUCUGAUCGAGCAGAGUACCUGGGCUCCUGUCUUUUGCAUAAAGGAUAUAAGUCAUCACAGGAUCAAUUCAUUGGAAUCUUUGCUCAAAAUAGGCCAGAGUGGGUCAUCUCUGAGCUAGCCUGUUACACAUAUUCAAUGGUAGCUGUCCCCCUGUAUGAUACAUUGGGAGCAGAAGCCAUCAUAUAUGUUAUCAACAAAGCUGAUAUCGCAGUGAUCAUCUGUGAUACACCCCAAAAGGCAACAAUGCUAAUAGAAAAUGUGGAAAAGGGCCUUACCCCAGGCCUGAAGACAGUUAUCCUCAUGGACCCCUUCGAUGCUGAACUGACAAAAAGAGGAGAGAAGUGUGGUAUUGAGAUGUUAUCCCUGUGUGAUGCUGAGAAUAUAGGCAAAGAGAACUUCAAAAAACCAGUGCCUCCAAAUCCAGAAGACCUAAGCGUCAUCUGUUUCACCAGUGGAACUACAGGUGACCCCAAAGGAGCUAUGCUAACCCAUCAAAAUGUUGUUUCAAACAUGUCUGCUUUUCUCAAAUUGCUGGAGCCUAUCUUCCAUCCCACUCCUGAGGAUGUGAGCAUAUCCUACCUUCCCUUGGCCCAUAUGUUUGAGAGGGUUGUUCAGGCUGUCAUAUUUUCCUGUGGAGGCAAAGUUGGGUUCUUCCAAGGAGAUAUCCGGUUGCUGCCUGAUGACAUGAAGGUUCUGAAACCCACAGUAUUUCCCACAGUGCCUCGACUCCUUAACAGGGUCUAUGAUAAGGUACAAAAUGAAGCCAAGACACCCUUGAAGAAGUUCUUGUUGAACCUGGCUAUCAUCAGCAAAUUCAAUGAAGUGAAAAAUGGCAUCAUUCGGCGGGACAGUCUGUGGGACAACCUCGUCUUUUCAAAGAUCCAAGGCAGCCUGGGUGGGAAGGUUCGCCUCAUGAUCACUGGAGCCGCCCCCAUCUCCACUCCAGUCCUGACAUUCUUCCGGGCUGCAAUGGGAUGUUGGGUGUUUGAAGCUUAUGGCCAAACAGAAUGCACAGCUGGAUGUUCAAUUACUUCACCUGGGGACUGGACAGCAGGCCAUGUUGGGACUCCAGUGGCUUGCAAUUUUGUCAAGCUAGAAGAUGUGGCUGACAUGAACUACUUUUCAGUAAACAACGAAGGCGAGAUCUGCAUCAAAGGCAACAAUGUAUUCAAAGGCUACCUAAAAGACCCAGAGAAGACUCAGGAAGCAUUGGACAAGGAUGGCUGGCUUCACACUGGGGACAUCGGCCGCUGGCUUCCAAAUGGAACUCUGAAAAUCAUUGACCGCAAGAAGAAUAUUUUCAAGUUGGCACAAGGAGAAUACAUUGCUCCAGAGAAGAUAGAAAAUGUUUAUACCAGAAGCAGACCAGUAUUGCAAGUUUUUGUCCAUGGGGAGAGCUUACGGUCGUUCCUGAUAGGAGUGGUGGUUCCUGACCCAGAUUCGCUUCCCUCAUUUGCAGCCAAGAUUGGGGUAAAGGGAUCCUUUGAAGAACUGUGCCAAAACCAACGUGUAAAGGAAGCCAUUUUGGAAGACUUGCAGAAAAUUGGGAAGGAAGGUGGCCUGAAAUCCUUUGAGCAGGUCAAAAGCAUCUUUGUUCAUCCAGAGCCAUUCUCCAUUGAAAAUGGGCUUUUGACACCGACACUGAAAGCAAAACGAGUGGAGCUCGCUAAAUUCUUCCAGAUCCAAAUCAAGAACCUUUAUGAGAGUGUCCAUGAGUAGGUUUGCUGAACUAGCUGUGGGGAAGAAAUGGAAACUUCUGUCCAGUGAACUUUUUUCAGUCAAUGAAGCAAGCACUGAACUACUCUCCCACACCGGGAACAAAGCUCUGUGGGCAAGCAUGAUGCCUGCACUGCAGGCCUGUCUUCUGGGAGGGAAGUUCUGGAUCUUUCUCCCUGGACUCCAGUCCCUGCAGUAUCUUACUGCCAGAUAGCAUGUGGUGCCUCUACUUGUAAAUGUCAAAUCUUUGAAAUAAACUAUUACAGAUAUUUA